CCAGUGGCACAAUCGAUACAGGAUCAAAGGCCAGUGUAGCAGCAUCGGCACCGGGACAGGAUCAGAACAGGAUCAAAACAUCGUCAGGGCCGCAUCCGUCAAUUGCUCAUGCCUCACCAGUCGCCCCCGUUGCUAAUUCUCUUUGCUCACCAUGCAACCUUGGUGGAUGUCUCCAGGAAUUUCUCGAUGACGAUCCGGCCCCAAACCUCAGCAUGCUCAACACCCGUCCCGGCCCAUCCACCUACCACCAGCUCAGCUCUGCCAGCACAAGCUGGGGUGGAUCACAGCAUGGCUCCUCAAGCACCAUCAGCGGCGAGUCUGACUACAUGGGCGAAAGUGCCGGCGCCAUCAUGGACGAUCGUGUGGGAUACAUCCGUGUGUUCCGUGCCGACGGCUCCUUUUCUACAAUCUCCUGUCGGGCCCGCUCAACCGUGGCCGACCUGCUCAGUCUGCUGGCCAAAAAGUUUGUCAUCCACGACAAACACAAGUUCCACUUGGCUCUCCAGCACAGCGGCACGGAACGCAUCAUGUCCAGCGGAGAGCGUCCCAUAUUCCUGCAGCACCAACUUCUGGAACAAGUCGGAUACCAGUUUCUGCCAGACCGCAUCGAUAUCAUGGGCCGCGAAGAUAAUUCGUACCUGUUCCGGUUCCUGCUGCGCGAAGUCACGACGAACGAAGUGGACCCAUCUAUCUGGACCACCAUGCAUCCGUCGCGCAUCUACCUCUCCGGCAUGGGCCUGUCGAUGAUCCCCAGCUAUCUGUGCCUGCACGUCAACGAGUUGAUGGACCUGGAUCUCUCGCGCAACCCCAGCGUCACUGAUUUUGCCGUCGACUUUGCCCGCAAUCUCCACGUCCUCCAGCGGCUGACCAUGCGGCAGAGCCAGAUGUUCCGGCCGCCAAAGACCCUCUACUACAUCAACACACUCGUCGAGCUCGACCUGGGCCGCAACCGGAUCAAGACCCUCGACGGCAGCGGCAUGGAGCGCCUGGUGAAUCUCGAGCGCCUGGACCUUAGCCACAACCUGAUCAGAAGCAUCCCCGAGGGCAUCUUUGCCAACAUGUCGAGUCUGCACACUCUGAUCCUCAACAACAAUCGCUUCACGCACUUCCCUCAAGAUCCGUGCCGAUACCUCGGCAAGUGUCUGCGCUACCUCGACCUGAGCUUUUGCCGCAUCACCGGCAAGCUGCCCGAGUACGUCGGCGACUUGCGCUCGCUCGAGUACCUGAAGCUCGUCAAAAACAAGAUCAAGGCCGGCCUGCCGCAGUCCAUGGGCUAUCUGAACGAGCUCAAGGAGAUUGAUCUCCGAUCCAACCUGCUGGGCGAGCCCGACGACGCGUUUGGUUCCAUCCCUAUGGGCGGCAGCGGCAUCGCCAAGCACGAUAUGCUCGUUCUGGAGAUCCUGCGCAAGUGCCAGCAGCUCACGACCGUGCGCCUCGACGGCAACCGGCUGUUCUGGUGCGCUGGGUGGGACGAUCGCUCGCCCAUGACCAACAACCCGACACCCGAGGCGCUCUCGACCCUCGAAGACACGACCACGCCCCUCGACCCCACCAGCCCGUACUUUAUCCACAUCAGCAGGAUCAAGAAGCUCACAAUGAGCUUCCAGCGCCCGUUCUCGAACAAGCAGCGCCGCGGCUCGGCCGCCACCGUCCAGUUCAGCUCGAGCGACAAGGGCUCCAUGAACGUCCCCAACAUGAGCUCGCGCGGAACCAGUGCCACGGGCGCCUCGGACACGGCCAGCAUCGCGGGUUCGACAAGCGAUGCGCCGACCAACUCGAUCCCCUUGGGCAUGAUCCUGUGCAUCUCCAACACCAGUGCCACGCUCACGCAGCUGGACGUCUCGGACUGCGGCAUCAAGAUGCUGCCCAACCGUUUCUUUGAACGUCUGACGGGGCUGGAGGUUCUCAAGCUGAACGGGAAUCGUCUGCGCGAGCUGCCGCCGUUUGCGAUGCUGUCGCUGCAGUCCUUGGUGCCGACCGGCUUGGUCACCAACAAUGCCGAGGUGAGCCCGUAUCCGUCGUCCUCGAGCUAUCCGCCGCUUGCGUCUGCGCCGAUGAUUGGCGCGCUGCGGCUCCGGGAGGUCUAUCUGGCCCGCAACAAGAUCGAAGCCAUCCCCACGAGCGUCGGGUACCUCGGCGAACUCCUGCUGCUGGACAUGCAGUCCAACCGCAUCUCGUCCGUGCCGCCCGACAUCUGGAACUGCGGCAAGCUCCGGGUCCUCAACCUGACCUGCAACCAGAUCAAGGAGUUCCGGCUGCCGAUCUUGAACAGCGGUCUCGGUUCUGGUCAUGGCCAUGGCCUUGGCAUGGGCGGCCUGGGCGGUCUGGGCGGCGUAUCAACGAUCGAGCCCGACGACCAGGGCAUGCGCGGCGCAAUGACGCUCCCGAGCGAGGGCUCCGAGGACGGCGACGGCUCUCUGGCGGACACCCACUCGCCCAUGUCGCCAAAGUACGGCACCUUUGCCCGCAACCGAGCCCAGAAGAUCAGCCAGCACCAUCUGGCUUCGUCGGGCGGAGGAUCGCCGCUGGCGGCAGCGAGCUCGCUGGAGAGCAGCGAGGGUGUCUUGAGCGCCCUCGCCUCGCAGCCCACGGGGCGGGUGAUCCCGCCGCCGCUCAGCGCCACGCUGGAGGCGCUCUACAUUGCCGAAAACCGGCUCGACGACGAGUUCUACCAAGUGCUCUACAACCUGCAGAACCUGCACACCCUCAACGUCUCCUUCAACGAAAUCACCGACAUCACCGCCUGGGUGGUCGCCAAGAACGCCUCGCGGUCCCUGACGGAGCGGCCGUGGUUCGAGCGGCUGCAGGAGCUCUACCUCAGCGGCAACCAAAUCGCGAUCCUCCCGCCAGAGAUUGAGCGGCUGCGCGCUCUUCGGUGGCUCUUCCUGAACGGCAACAAGCUCAGCACCAUCCCGGGAGAGGUCGCUCGUAUGACCAAGCUGGCGGCGUUGGACCUGGGCUCGCAGGCGGGUGGCCGUGGCGAGGGAACCGGGCUGCGGUACAACGUGACCAACUGGCCGUAUGAAUGGAACUGGAACUGGAAUCUCGAUCUCAAGUACCUCAACCUGUCCGGCAACCAGCGGCUCGAAAUCACUUCUGCACAUGGCAGCGGUAUGGUGCCCACCGCCAACGUUGCGAACGUACACAGCCUCAGCGCAUCAAGUCCCUCGGUCGCGACUCGCUCGACCUCACGGGUUAACCCAGUCGCAGCGGCGGCAGCAGCAGCGGCCGUCACAGGCGCCGGCGCUGCGGGAGCGAUCCCAAAUCCGGGGCAGGCUGGCAGCACCGCCGUGGUCCCUGCGGGCAAGCGUGACCUCAGCGACUUUUCAGCCCUGACAAACCUGCGGAUGCUCGGCCUGACGGAUGUGACCUAUCUGAUUGUGUUGCCGGACGACACCACCGACAGACGUGUGCGGACGAUGGAGAGCGAAAUCUCGCUCGAGGGAUGCAGCAACAAUGCCAUUCACUGCUCCGUCUCGGACGUGCUGGCCCGGCCCCGGGCCGCCACCGUGAAUCUGUCCGUGGGCCCGGGCAGCGACACCACCUUUGAGCGCCGCAAGCAGCUCACCACCGGCGGCCGCGUCGAAGACGACGGGUUCUUUGGCGUCUGGGACCUGGUUCUGCCAAAGUUCCGCAACCGCACCAACGAGGCGCUCUUUGGCGUCUUUGACGGCCGGGGCACGGCCGGAGGCACCCGCAUGGCCAAGUAUCUCUUUGACACCUUCAAGGACGUCUUUGCGAACGAACUUGAGGCCCAAGAGAAGGAGCUCGAGAAGCACCAGGGCGCCUCGCCAAACGUGGCCGUGCCUCCGGUCCCCCAGGCCGCCAAACCCCCAGCACCCUCGGCUUUUGGCCGCCGUGGCAGCGCCGCCACCCUCAACCAGCCUGUCCCGGUCGUCUCUGGCAUCAACGCCAACCUCAAGGCAAACCGGCAGUCGCGCCUGCACUCGCCUGUGGCCCUGGACUCAAAUGCGAUCAUGCACGCACUGCGACGGACGUUCCUGAUCCUGAACAAGGACAUUUGCACGCGGUACCCAAGCUUUGCCGAGCGGCUGGAGCGCAAGGACAGCUACUCGACGCAGUCGCGCAAGAACCCGGACGACUCGCAGCUCUUUGUCGGAUGCUCGGCGACGGUGAUCUUCCUGUGCACGGGCAAGCAGCGCGGCACAUGCACGGCCUACGUCGCCAACGUCGGCGACGGCAUGGCUGUGAUUUCGCGGAACGGAGGCUCGGCCGAGACUCUGACGAAGCUGUGUUCUGUCAACAUCGAGAGCCUCAACGGCCUCUCGCGCGACCGCGAGAUGCUCAACAGCGAAGUUCGCUGGAUGGAAGACGAGAUCGAGCGCAUCCAGAACACGGGCGGAUUCAUGUCGCGCGUCGGGCUCAUCAACGAGCGACUGGACAUCAGCCGGGCGUUUGGAUACUCACCCUUCCUCGGCGCUGUCAACGCCGACCCCUUCAUCCGCAAGAUCGAGCUCAAUCUGGACGACCAGUCCAAGCCUGCCAAGGGCGCCCACAGCCAGAAUGCGUCCAGGCCCAACGACGAGUUUAUCGUCAUCACCAGCGCUGCCGUGUGGAAGGCGCUGCGGUGUGGCGGCACAUAUGAAGACGGCGCCCAGCGCGUCGUCAGCAUCGCCCACCGGUCGAUCGGCAACCAGCGCGAGUCUCCGGUAGGAAGCAGCGGCUCGGCGACCCCGCAAGCGCGCAAGAUUACCGGCGGCUGGAACACCGCGGCUAUGAAGGUCCGCGAUGUUGCCCUGAGCUUGCACGGCAACGGCACGGCUGGCAUGACCGGCGACGGCUACAUGGUUAUGCUGCUGGGACUGCGCGACCUGGCCAAGAAGCAAUGGCUGGGCGGAUCCUCGAAGCGGACGAGCGUCGGGGAGCACAUGGACGAUGCGCCGAUCGUGCGAGUACCCAAGAACGAGCUUGCACCCGUCGGCUCGCUUGCCCUGGUCUUCACCGACAUCCGCAACUCGACGGCCAUCUGGGAGAGCAACUCGGUUGCGAUGCGCCAGGCCAUCAAGCUCCACAACAGCCUGAUGAGACGCCUGAUCAAGGAGCACAAGGGAUACGAAGUCAAGACCGAGGGCGACGCCUUCAUGAUCAGCUUCCAGAACCCGCUUAAUGCCCUCGAGUGGUGCCUGGCGGCGCAGAGGGAGCUCAUGAACGUAACCUGGCCCGAGGAGAUCCUGGCCAUGUACGACGGCUGCACCAUCCACUACAACGACCGCGACUUUAUCCGAAUGCCCCACAACUCGCAGGAGGCCAAGAAGCUCGCCCGGACCGAGAAGCGGCGCACGAUGCUUAUCCAGUACGGCUUCGACACGGGCUCGGUCAAGAAAGAAUCCGAUGUGGUCUGGCGCGGGCUGUGCAUCCGCAUGGGCGUCCACUACGGCUCGCCACUGUGUGAGAUCGAUCCGGUCACCUCGCGCAUGGACUAUUUCGGGCCGAUGGUCAACCGUGCAGCUCGUGUCAGCGGUGCCUCGCAGGGUGGACAGAUCCUGCUCUCGUCCGACAUGAUGAAGGUCGUCCGCAGCCGGUUCGCAACCUGGCUCGGGCCUGACUCGGAUCUCGAUCCCGUCGUCGAUGGCGAUGACAUGUUGAUGAGUGCGCGGCCUCCGUCGGCGGAUGUGGGGCUCACGCAGCUCGAAAUGCUGGGAUACGAGAACGAUGAGGACUCAUCAGCGACAGGCCCCAGGCAGAACGAAGACAACGCCAUCAUCCGGCGGCUCCUCAAGAUGGGUGUGCAUGCCUGGCUCAUUGGCGAGGUGAGGCUCAAGGGCCUCGAAACACCGGACAUGCUGUACUCGGUCUACCCGACAGCACUCCAUGCCCGACACAAGUUCCUGACGGCUCUGCUGAGCGGCCAGCUCCACAUUUACACACCAGUAUGAUAACAGCCUUUGCACAUGGCCGAGUCUUGUUGUAAUCCACCAUCAUCUCUCCUUGACACGUUCCCAUUCGAU